AUGGCAUCGGCAUCUUUUCAGAUCUCUUCAUUACUUCUGGCUGCUCUGGGUUUUAUCAUGUUACUUGCUGCCACUGUGUCCAAUAGCUGGAAAACCUCCAGUUCAACAAACACAAUUAUUAUCGCAAGUUGGAUCUAUGAAGGUCUCUGGAUGAAUUGUGCAGCUACUUCUUUGGGCAUGGUUCAGUGUAAGAAAUUCUCUUUCUUCCUAAGUAUAGACACUUAUAUUCAAGUAUGCCGAGCCCUGAUGGUCACUUCCCUCGUCUUGGGUCUGUUUGGUAUUCUGGUGACAGUGUUUGGGUUAGAGUGCGUUCAGCUUGGGAACAGUGCUAAAAAAACAAAAGCAAAGAUUGCCAUGAUAGGAGGAAUGGUCUUCAUUUUAUCAGGUCUCUCAUCAAUGGUGGCUAUUUCUUGGUAUGCAUCAAUGAUCACAGCUCAGUUUUUUGAUUCAUUCUAUGCUGGAACAAAAUAUGAACUAGGACAUGCACUGUACAUAGGCUGGGCUGGCUCCCUGCUUUCUAUGCUUGGUGGGAUCCUCCUGACAUUCUCAUGCAAAGGAACCAAAAAACAGAAACACAGAAACUACAGUUAUGAUUCUGCUGCUACCCAGAGAGUUAAUGAACCAUUUAUUUACAACAAAGUAUCGGAGACAGUCACAUCUGCCAAAGAUUAUGUUUAG